AAAUGGCGGCGCCCAUAAAAUCCAGGUAAAAUAGAACAGGUUUUGCUAUCGCAAACCUGUAAUUUGCUAUCGCAAACCUGUAAUUAGCCGUGGUGACUUCACGGCCUGACUUCUGUCCACGGCACGGUUCUGCACACAAGAACUCCCGCUCGGGACAAUACCGGGGCUUCUUUCACCACUAAAGCGGGGAAGAACAAUGUUAGAAGACCCCAUGUAGGAUUUUCAAGCGGUAUUUUCCCUGGGAAACACGGAAAAAUCGGACUCACGAUGACAAAAAUGAAGAAAAAAGACAAGAAGGGAAGACGGAAGUCGACUCCAGAGGCCGGGCCGCUGUUACCCCAGCAACAAGAACAACAACAACAACAACAAACAACAAACAGAACGCUGAGCGACGCAAACUUCAGAUGUAAAGAGUAUGUGACUAAACAGAAGAGAGCAGUACAGCUGUGUGUUGUGACUCUUCUGGUGGCGCUGGCAUCGUUUGCAGUUGGACUCCGAGCUCACUUUGUCACUGAUAACGUCAAAGUCGGGGCCUUCUGGCCGGGCAUAGUGGUUGCUGUAGGGUCUCUUGUGUCUCUGCUGGGGGUCUGCAAAUCUCAGAAAGGCAGAAUAUGGAUGGCAGGAGGGAUGGUGGUGUUGGGGUUAGGUGCUGUCAUGGCCGUUAUCGGGACUGUGGUGGAUGGUGUGGCGGCUGGACUUGUGGCAAAAACAGACUUCUCAAUGUGUCGACACGUGAAUGGACCCACAGGAUUUGUGACGUGUGGUGAGGCUGGUUACUGGACCUUCGGCAAAUGUGACAUGGUGGUGCACCAUCGGACAUGCUACUGUUGCUACCUGUACUCACAACAACACUGUAACGUCCCAGGCUACAGCCUGUCCCUGCAGCCCCACAGGUAUGACAACGUGGACUCGUGUGACCAGGUGGAGACGGAGUUCCAGGCGCUCCUCUGGGCCUCCGUCGUUCUCAACAUCCUGGCACUAACUGUCACCGUGGCAACCAUCUUCCUCAUCAGUGCCUUCCAGUCAUCGAGCAUCCAUCCGAUGGUGUCAGCCCCUCCGGGAGUGAACCCUGCCACCCCCGUGGUGAUCUACAAUGGUACGGGCCAGCAGCAUGUCCUGACCUAUGCUCAUUGUCCACCCUACCCUGGCCUCCCGACCCAACCACCUUCCUACCCAAAUGGGGAGGGGCAGGAUCAACCAGGCAACGAAAAAACCACCCCCUUACUCCUUGUAGUGGGCCAGUCCAACAAGAAAUGUAACUGUGUAAUAUUUUAGGCCAUACCAAGUUAUUUUCUUGGUUCUUUUGUUUUCUUGGCAUUUUUCACAAAACUUGAGAUCAAAAUAAAAACAGAGGGCUUGAAUGAAAAUUUCACUUGGUGAAGGUUAGACUUCCAGGUAUUAAGAUAUGCCAAGAAACAGUUAC